UUUUUUUCCUCUUUAGUUCGGAGACGUUCCGUUAGAUUUCCAGAGGAGGGGGGCUGUGAUCGACCAAAACUCUUAAGAAAAGUGACGAGAAACACGAAGCCAGAAGAUCAUCCUUUCCUCUGAAUCUCCAACUUUUCACAUGAAAGGCGCGAGGAGGCGACGCGUGUUUUUUCAGUUUGUUUUGCGCGUUUUGUUCUUUCCCAGCCUGGGAGGACUUAACACCAUCAGAGGCGAUGAGAUGUGAGUGAGCUAUGCCUUGUAGAAAUGGACUGACUUUAUCCAAUCAAAAACAUGGCGUCUGCGUCCUGAGGUUGAGCCUCUUUCCCGGUCUGCUUGUGGCGCUCUGCUGCCUGGAGGUGUGGGGCUCCGGGAACGGGCCCGGCGGGAGGAGCUGCGGCCCCUGUCCCGUUAACUGUAGCUGUGCGUCCGCGGGGCCCCAGCAGCUCUGCGUCGUUAACUGCUCCAACAUCGGGCUGGAAAGGGCCCCAGCAGCGGUGGACUUCCCUCUAACCGUCAGCGUGCUAGAUCUGUCCAAGAACCACAUCUCCUCCCUUGAUACCAGCCUGCUAGAUCGCCUCUCUGGCCUCCGGGAGCUGUAUCUCCAGGGAAACAGGAUCAAUGUUCUCCCCAGAGGAGUGUUCUGUCGUGGCCCUCUGUCAGUGCUAGAUUUGAGCAACAACCAAAUUACCACCAUAGAAGAAAGGAUCUGUGACAACCUUUGUAAUUUAACACAAAUCGAUCUGAGCAGUAACCCCUUUGAGUGCGACUGUAAGCUGUUCCGGUUGGUGCGGUGCCUCCAGAAAAAAGGGGUGCAGGUUAGACGCCCACAUGCCAUGCUGUGUAACCACCCCCCUGAACUCCACAAACAGCCUUUGCUCAAUGACAGCCUGCUCACCUGUGGUCCGAGUUAUGCGGCCUGUCUCGAGGACAGCACCAUUGGAGGAGGAGGACGAAGUGAGCUUGUGAUCUUCACCUCUUCCAACCCUGGAAACUUCACUCGUGAACAGUGCAACAGUGUGUGUUUUGGUUUGUCACACCUUUAUGGGGGCUUGGGGGACCGGCAUGAGUGUCUCUGCAGCACGAACAACGAGCCCAACUUCAUCAGCGGCUCUCAGUGUUCUGCAGCCUGUACCAACCGCCACGUGAUGACGGAAUGUGGGUGGACUCUGGCUCGUGAUGUGUUCGCGGUGGAGUUCUCGGUCUCGCUCAGACCUCUCCUACUGCAGCGUUUCUUCCAUAGCGUUCAUGACCCAAUCGCCUUCUCCGCCAACUCCUCUGUCACGCACGUUAUGCAGUCCUGGGACUUUGGUGACCUUUCGUCUCGGGUCAACUCCACAGUAGCAGGCAUCACCAUUAAUACGAAACACAAAUAUGGACUUCCAGGACACUAUGGAGUCAGUUUGAUGGCCUGGGCUGGACACAAGGAGGUCUCUGCCCACACACAGGUGACCGUGACACUUCCGCCCAAACUGGAGCUGCGCUGUCCUCAAAUUGCUGUGGCUAAUAAGAGUCUGGAGGUCCAGCUGGUCAGCUGGGGUGGCAUUGGCUUGGAUGUGAAGUGGACGAUUACAAAGGAUGGUGUUCAGGUUGCUAAAGCAUCUCCCCGAUGUCCAGAAGAUGGGGUUCGACACAACGAGACCUCCAGUUGUUUUGAGAUUGUCCCAGAGGAGCUGAGCUGGACCGACGCGCGGCAGCAGUGUUUGAACCGUGGCGGGGAUCUGGCGAUACUCCGGAGCGACUCGCUGCGAAACGUCUUGGCAAAUAAAGUUACACAGGAGCGCGGCGUGUGGCUGGGCCUGAGUGAUGUUGACGUCCCGGGAAAGCUGCGAUGGGUGAACGGAUCAGAGGCGCAGGAGGGGGAGGAGGGCCUGAGACCUCGCACGGCCAUCUCACCUGGAAACUUGUGUGUUUCCUUUGAUCAGCACAGGCAGACCAGCUCACACCUGUGUGAUGCCAAGCGGGCCUACAUCUGCCAGUACAUCCCUCAAAUGCGUGUUCCAGAUGCUGGGGUAUAUACACUAGGCCUCCCGGUUUUCCAAACCCAUAAUCCUUUGCACCGUGUUUCAUCCGCUACUCUCACGGCUCCGCAGACUUCCAGCCGCGGCGUUGAAGUGUUGUUGUUUCCUGCGUUGAGCUUUGUUCAAGCGGGCCGCCUGUCCUCUCUGGAGUUCAUCACCCAGGACCUGGGCUCAGAAGUCCACGUCCGGUUCCAGAUCUACAGACCCCGCUGCCGUUUUUCUGACCGACGCCUGCUGCUGCCCAGUUGUGGAGGUCCAGUGUGUUCUCCGGUUGCUGUUUGUGUCCCAAAUCUCCGAGCAACCGGUGAUCCACCUUCUUGCCCCCCACUGGAGCAAUGGUGUCCUUUUCAGCGCCGAUGCCUGGCCCUGUCCAGUCCGUGCCAUCCGUCCUCAUGUCCUAACUGCACUCACGGCCACUUCCUGCCACCGUGGACGGGAAGGCCGCGGUACAUCCUGCAGAACGAGGUGUUCUUCACUCUUCCAGCAGGACCAGCAGCUCAUGUGCAGAUGCAAGACCAACUGGAGGACAUCCUGGUGUCCCGUGGUGAUGUCAUCGCCCUGCAGCAUGAUGGCGGUCCAUCCUCCCUUCUUCGGUGUCAGUCUUCACCACAGUCGUUGUGGCGACAGCCAGUUUUUGCUCUGAACCUAUCAAUGUGGUUCUGGAUCAACACCAGGCAUCCGGCAGAUUUUCCAGCUGACCCCUCACCUAAACCUGAGCUGGACUUGGAGACUCUGGUGGAGAACAGGGAGGGAAACUGGGUGGAGGAAGAACUCUGCCAGAUCCGAGUGCUCUAUGUGGGCCACAAUACGACCCAGCUGCAGGGAGCACAGCUGUCUGCUGGUCUGCCCCAGCCUGGACUCUACAGCCUGCUGGUUUCCUCCACUGAGCCAUCAUAUCCUUCCUCGGCAUCGUGCCCUCUAGAGGUGGUGCCUCCUCUUGGCUUGACCAUCCUCCACCCGCUUCUGAAAAACGGCUCCCUCUACCUGCAGCCCAACAACACGCAGCUCUUGCUUCGUGUGCAGUCCCGCAACGAGACGAGAGUGAGUCGGCGUGGCGACGUCCACAGCGCGAUUUUUCAGGCCAAGUGUCCGCCUGAGUUUUUGUCAACUUUAUGCCAGCCUGGGCAGAGCUUCAGGUCAGAGGUCGAGGUCUCUGAGCCCAGCCUGUACGCGAUGCUGGAUCUAAACCUGAGAGCAGAGGAACAGAGGGGUCCGGUGCAGGUGGAGCUGGAGGCUCACAGUACCGUAACAGAAGACCAUCUGGUGGUGGUCGUCCACCUGGAGGAGCCGCUCAGGGGCCUGGUGGUGCAGCCUCACCCUGCAAACAGGGUACUGAUGGACUCAGUGGUGAGCUACACUGCAUCAGUUCGUCAAGGUUCCAGUCCCACGUUUAAAUGGACAGUGGACGACAAGCCCCACUUCACUUAUUACAACGCCGUUUUCAACGUCAUCUACCAGCAUGCCGCCAUCUACAAGCUCACUGUGACCGCCACGAACCACGUCAGCAGCAUCACGGAGCAUUACAACGUAACGGUGGAUCGUCUGCAGCCCAUGUCCAACCUCACGGUGAAGGGCGUUCCUGAUGUGGUCCCUCAGGGAUCCAAUCAAACGCUCACCACCUCCGUGCUCAUGGACUUGUCCGUGCCAGCAACUUUUCGGUGGUCUUUUGGUGAUGGUGGAUAUGAAGAGUUUGAGUUCAAGCCUCCUUAUUCUCCAUCCCUCCUGUGUCCGGACGCUCCGAACCAAAUCCUCUUGAGCAAAAAUAUCACCUACAUCUACUCUCAGCCAGGAAUCUACACCGCCCUGGUGUCCGUGUCCAAUCGCUAUAGUAACAUCAGCCAGAGCAUCAACAUGAGCGUUUACAGUAUCCUCACACAUGUCGACAUACAAACAGAGCCACCGCUCCUCCUCGCAGCCAAGUCAGCUGAAUUUGAGGCCCAUCCUUUGCCCUCUCCAUAUGGCAUUCACUAUGACUGGAACUUUGGAGACAGCACUCCCAUCCAACAUGGCCGUCGUGUGGCACACACCUUUGCCCACUGUGGUAACUUCAGUGUCUGUGUGUCAGUGAACAACACCAUCAGUCACACUAAAGUCUGCGCUGAGAGAUUUGUUUACGAGGAGAUUGAACAUCUGACGGCUAACAGCUCCUCUCCCACGGAGCUGCACAGUCCAACCACAGUGUGGGCCCACCUUGGUUCUGGUAACAACAUCACAUGGACGUUCUCAAUGGGUGAUGGCACCAUUUAUAAUACACCUGAUCCUAAAGUGUCACACAGUUACACCAAAGAGGGCAACUACACGGUAAACGUCACUGCCAUAAAUGCUGUUAGCUCUGGCUGGACAAUCCUUCCGGUUCACGUGUUUGUCUUCCAAGUUAUAAAGAUGGAGCCAUCCGGUUGUGUUCAAGAGAAGACCAGUGUCAACUUUCAAGCCUGGGUGUCUGGUAAUGCAUCGCUUCAUCUUUAUGAGUGGAGCUUUGGGGACGGAAGCCCCAAUGAAACACACCAAGGCAACCCAAAAGUCUCACACACCUACAGGUCCAGUGGAAAAUACCAUCUCUCUCUGCUUCUGUCCAGCGGAGUCAACAGGGCUACAAAAGCCAAUUUCUUUAACUGGGUCUGUGUACAGCCAGCGUUAACCAACAUCAGCUUCAUCCCUGAGAAGUCACACUACGCAGUUGGGGAGGAAGUCCAGUUCAAGGUCACAGCUGAGCCAGAUUUUAACUACAGCUAUCGGUGGGACUUUGGUAGAGAGGAAGGACUAGUUCUCACCCACGGUUCUGGAAAUAGUCUAACAACGUAUAAAAAACCAGGACACUAUGUUGUGACAGUUCAGGUCUCCAAUAACAUCUCUGAGGGUAGCAGAAGGGCUGGGAUUGAUGUUCUGAUGCCCAUCGGACCUGUUUUUAUUCACCACAAUGGCACAAAACACAAUAACCUGACACUGGGAGUGCCAUAUGUCUUCAUGACGUCGUCUUUGGCCUCAGAUGUCUCUUACAUCUGGAAUUUUGGAGAUGGAAAAUCACUGACGGGGCAGAAUGUCCUCCAUACUUACAACUUCUCUGGAAACUACAACAUCACGCUGACAGCUACCAACACCGUCAGUCAGAAUGAAACUGCUUUGCAGGUUUCUGUGCUCACACCAAUCCGAGGACUCAGACUGAAGUUUAAUGUUAGCUCCAUAAAUGUCCCUGUGAAUACCACAGUCCACUUCGAGGCUCUUAAGGAUGAGGGAGACAAUGUCCGGUACUCUUGGAUAGUGUGUGACCAUUGUACUUCCAUUCCGUCGACCCACACCAUGCAUUACACCUUUCGCUCUGUUGGCACGUUCAACAUCAUCGUGACAGCAGAGAACAACAUAGGGACAGCACAGGCGAACACCUUCAUGUUUGUCCUGCGUGAGUUGGAGGGUCUGCAGAUAUUAGCUGAGGAGAUCAAAGGAUGUGGAAGCGCAGGGUUGGAGAACUGGUGUUAUCCUACAAACCAGUCCCUUCACCUUCAAGCAGGACUGAAAGAAGGCACCAACAUGACCUUUACUUGGAGCAUUGUCAGAGAUUUGGACCCUCUCAGUUCAUUCAAUGCAACUGGAAAGACUGUGAAGUUGAAUUUCUCAAAGUCCGGUCCGUGUGACGUCUUUCUGCGGGUGGCGAAUCUCCUUGGCCAGCUGUUGGUCAACAGAACCAUCCAGUUUGUUGAACCAGCUGGAGGAGUGGACUUACUGAUCAGCAACAACCCAGUUGCUGUUGGUGUUCCCACAAACCUGACUGCACUGGUUUUGCAAGGUACAGGUCUGCAGUACCAAUGGUCAAUAGAAGGGCUCAGUCAAUCAUGGAACGAACCUUGGUUGAACAAGAUCUUCACCAGUCCGGGUCUAAAACAGGUUUCUCUGAAAGUCUUUAAUGAAGUUAGUUCAGGGUCUUCAGCAACAGUCGUUUGUGUUCAAGAAGUCAUUACAGGGUUAAGUUUCUCAGCCACCAAUGUGACCGGGCAUAGUUAUGUAGCAACGGGUGUCAACGUCUCCCUGCAGGGGGAGGUGCAGAUGGGAACUAAUGUGACCUGGACGUGGCAGAUCGAAGGAAAAACCCAUACAGGAAGACAAACAUUUCACAAAUUCGAGGAGCCAAAUUCCAUUGUCAUUACUCUGAAUGCCACCAAUGAUGUUAGCGCGCAGGUGGUUUCCAGGGAGUUCCACGUUCAGGACCCGAUCCAGUGGCUGGAGCUGAAGGCGAGUAAGAAGUUAGCAGCAGUCAAUGAAAAGGUGGAGUUCACCAUUCUCAUGAAGGGAGGCACCGACGUUAAUCUGAUCCUCAGCAUCAGCGGGGGCGUAACCUUCAACACCCAACCCAACAAAACCUACACCCACAUCUUCAGCAGGGUGGGUUCCUACAUGGUGAAUCUCACCGCUCACAACCAGGUGAGUUUCAAGACUCGACAGCUCCAUGUGGUGGUGAUGGAGCCAGUGAGUGGACUUUCCAUCCAGGGAAUCAGGCCAGCAAUCCCUGUGGGUGAGCCACAGUUGUUUGUGGCCAACAUUCUGACGGGCAAUUGCGUUACUUUCUUGUGGACCAUCAGUCUAAACCAGCACCAAUGGUCUUCCAUUGUGGGCAAAGAGGUGACCCGCACUCCAGAAGAUCCAGGCUGGUUGACCAUCUUUCUGAGUGCCGUCAACAGUCUCCAUAACCAGAACAUCACCAAGCGCAUACAGGUGCAGAACCGGCUGGAGUCUGCAAACCUGUCUGCAGAACCAUGUGACACUUUGGUCAACAAGACGGUCACCCUGACGGCCUCCAUCACACCCAGAUCUAAUCCUGUGGCGUGUAUGUGGGACUUUGGUGAUGACACAACACAAGUUUACACCAACACUACGACUGUGGGUUACAAGUACAGACACCCAGGAGACUACAUGGUCAAAGUUAACUGCAGUAACCUGGUAAGCAUGGUUUCAUCCGAAGUGAAGGUGAUCAUCAGUGUUUUGGAGUGUGAGGAGCCAGAGGUGAACAUGGCUCAAACCCGCCUGGCCAUCUGGCGCUCCCAGUCCACUUUGGUGGAGGCCAGCGUGGACUUAAAAGGAUGCAUUCGCUACGGCGCGCAGUACCUUUGGCAAAUCAUGAGAGACGACUCUUUUGCUUCCGGAUCGGAGCCUUGUCGUUUUUCACCUGCCAGAGCCGUUCGUCUUCCACCGGAGGUGGACGUGCAACGGCUGCAGCUGCUGUUACCGAAGAUGUCCCUGGCAGCAGGGAACUACAGCUUAAAGUUUUCUCUGUCAUACGAAGGAGUCCCGCUAAAGAAGGAUGCCUGUCUACAGCUCAGUGUCAUGGCUGCUAAACUAAUGCCCAUUAUCGAAGGUGGGACUCGGAGAGUGUGGUCAAGGACGCAGGACCUGCAGCUCAGCGCGGAGCAGUCCUACGACCCAAACAUGGACCCAGAAAGCCAGUCUCUUCUUCACUACCACUGGGAGUGUCAGAGCACCUCCAAGGGUCCGGAGCACUGCUCCAGUCUGAACUUUGGCCUCGGCUCCAGCGGUCCUGUUCUGGGAAUCUCAGGUUCUGAGCUGGAAGCCGGCGUCGAGUACACGUUCAAACUGACGAUCAGUAAAGACAGCAUGACGCCAGAGUCCACCACGCAGACUGUUAUCGUGCAUGGCGGUCACAUUCCCAUGGUGUAUCUGGAGUGUGUGUCCUGUAAGGCCCAAUCCAUUUACGAGGUCAGCCAGAACUCAUACGUCUUCCUCAGAGGAACCUGCACCAACUGCCAGGGCUUUCACAGAGGGCGCUGGAGCGCUAUGACACUGAACAACGAGACUCUGGUCCUGGACUCGUCCUCCAUCACUACAGAAAGCGACAGCAUGAAUCUGGUGUUGCGGCAGGGAGUCCUGAGCAAAAACGAGUCCUACAUCUUCACCUUGCACGUAAUUGACAGCAGUCUGGAUGGUGAAGGGGCCGCCUCCAUCACGCUGUACCACAACACGCCUCCAGAAGGCGGGGAGUGUCACCUGACGGGGGCGGUCGAGGUAGGGGCGUUGAGCAUGGAUGGAGCUGGAGACAGCUGGAGGAUACGGACUCUGCUGGACCGGGUUCACUUCAACUGCUCAGGUUACAGCGAUCUAGGUGUGUCAGAAACGCCCUUCCUGUACAGCCUUCUGGUGACUCGAUGCAGGGAGGAAUACUGCGAGGACUUCUGUGUUUACAAAGGUAGCAGUCCGGAACACUCGGCCUUCCUGCCUCCAGGCUUCAGUUCAGCCCGACAUCGUGUGGCUGUGUCCAUCACAGUGGAGGACCACCAAGGAGCCACGAGCCUGGCGUUGAAUAAAACCAUUGAGGUUCUGUUGCCAGAUUUCCCUCCCGAGUACAGCAGUCUUCCUCACUGGCUGUCGGAGCUGACAGACACCAAGCUCAAGAAACUGCUGGAGCAAGGAGACUCCCAGAGGGUCAGAGAAUUAUCGCUGGCUCUCAUCACGGUCCUGAACGAAUAUGAGCAGGCCAGAGAGACAUCGCCGGUGUCUAGAGAGGAACGCAGCUACAGAGUCAAAGUCCGCAGCAACAUCACCAGAGCUCUGACCGCUCUGGACCUGAAGACCGUGAGCGACAUCCAGCAGACAUCUGCUGCCCUGGCACAGUGCACGGCUGUUAGUCGAGAGUUUAUAUGUGAAGAGUGUCAGAACAGCACUCUAAACAAGCUGGAGUCCAUGUUGGAGAUUCUACAGACGGACACCAAGCAGGGCACCGUCACCCCGACUGAAAUCGCCGACAACAUCCUGAACAUCAUGGGUGAUCUAAUCCAUCAAGUCAGUCAGUCAGCCUCACAUCUGAACUUUCAACUUCCCUAUGUGGAUUCUCCUUCAUCGUCCUCCACCACCACCUCCUCCUCCUCCUCUUCUUCUGUUGAGCAUGGAAAUCUCCUGCUGGACACGCCGCCCUCCUCUCUGGAGCCACACCCCCUGCGCGUGGCAGCCAAGGCCUACAGCCUGUCCUCGGUGCUCAUGCUGAUACUGAUGCAUGCCCGUGUCCUCAACGAGGAGCCACUGGUUCUCAGGGGGGCAGAGAUUGCCGCCACAGGAAAACUGGCUGACCCCCAGAGUCUGCUCUGCUACCACGGCAACAACAGCCCAGAAUGCCAGAGGUUCUCCAUCCCGCAUGCUUUUAACAAAAGUCUCGGCAAAGCUGCUGCAGGAAGCGGCAUCAUGCAGCUGCUUUUUCAGGUGGAGUCCAAUCCCUUCCCGUUCAACUACGUGUCCAACUACGCCGUCUCUACCGAGGUAGCGUCAAUGGAGUUUCGCACUGAGAACGGCACCCAGAUCCCCAUCUCUGGACUCGAUGAUAGCAUAGCCAUCACUGUUGCCAUUAACAACGGCAGCAGUGCAGAGGCGGGUGCUGAUAGUUCUGGUGCCGGCAGAGUCCCUGCAUCCGGGGCGGUUAACAUCAGCCACUGUGACUCUGUUAUCGUCAGGGUCAGGGCAGGAAACAGCAACAGGCACGCGGGGCUGUUUGUGCAGCUUAAUUUUACCUCUUUAGAAGAAAAAAGUGAGAGUUAUGAAAGGGGACGGAUCGAUGUGGAGCCGUACAUUACCGCCUACCUUCAUUCCCAUGAAAAACCCAACGAGUUUAACUGCACACAGAGGAAGCACAUCACACUAAGUAUGACCAGGGGGCAAGACCACAAGAAGUACACUUUCUUCCUGUCACCAGAGUCCUACGACACCACUCUAGAUUAUUUCAUCAACGUGAGCACACCCUGCAGCCCUGACUCAGGUCAGGGUGUUUGCCUCGAGGUCGGGGUGUACACCUCUCUGUGUCAGUACUUCAGUGAGAGUGAGAAGCAGUGGAGGACUGAUGGCAUGGUUCCCUUGGCAGAGACCAACUCCAGCAGAGCUGUUUGUCGAACCCGCCACCUCACCGUCUUUGCCGCGGGGCUGUUCGUACCGACCAACGCCAUCAGCUUUACUAUGCCGGAGCGUUCUGGUGCACCAAGCCUGAUCGUGCUCUUGGUGUGCAUAAUGGGUUUGCUAAGCUACAUUGUGGCAGCAGCCAUCUUAAACAAGCUAGACCAGCUGGAUCUUCGUCGCGCUGCUGUGGUUCCUCUCUGUGGCCAAAGUGGGAUCUUUAAGUAUGAAAUCCAAGUCAAAACCGGAUGGAACAGAGGGGCAGGCACAACAGCUCACGUAGGAAUCAGUUUGUAUGGGCGGGAGAGUCGCAGCGGUCAUCGUCACCUUGACAGCAAAGGAGCUUUCACACGCAAUGCUCUGGACAUCUUUCAGAUCUCCACAAACACCAGCCUGGGGAAUGUGUGGAAAAUCCGGAUCUGGCAUGACAACAAAGGUCUGUCACCAGCAUGGAUGCUACAGUACGUGUUGGUCAAAGACAUGCAGACAGACAGCAGCUACUACUUCCUGGUUGAGGAGUGGCUGUCUGUGGACAAUGAGAAAACAGGUAGACGGGUGGAGAUUGAGGUGGAGGCUGCAGAAGAGACGACGCUCUGUCAGCUGCCCCGCCUUCUCCGGUGUGAGCUGCAGAGGGCGCUAUGCGAGAGUCACAUGUGGCUGUCACUGUGCGAGAGGCCCCCCCGCAGCCCCUUCACCAGGCUGCAGAGAGCCACAUGCUGUGCUGUGCUACUGCAGCUUUUCCUGCUGGCUAACACUUUGUGGUACAGCAUCGUGACAGACAGGAGAUACAGCGCGAGGGCCGUGUCAAGGUUUUCCUCCCUGAAUGGAGAGACGGUGGCAGCUGGUGUGGUCUCCUGUCUGGUCGUCUACCCUCUCUACCUGCUGGUCUUUACAAUCCUCAGGAUGAGCCGCAGCAAGUCUGUGACGGUGAAGCAGGUGCCUCCUCAAGUGGAUCAGGAAUCCGUGGAGAUCGACGACUUCCUGGACAACUCAACAGGAGGGAGUUCCUUUCUUUCCUUCAACGGGGAGACCAACUCAGAGAAAACAAAUAUGGACUUGCCAUCUUCAUCGUUCAGAAGUGAGGACAGUUUGGACAUGGAGGACGAGGAGGACACAGAUGACAGGGAUUGGCCGGAGCUGUUGAGUGAUGAGUCCAUUGUGGGAGGAGCGGGACACGGGGCGGGAAUGCCCAAACUGAAGAGGCGUCAGGGCAGCCGACACCUGGGUGUGGAGAUGACCUUUGGCCCUGAUGAAGAGGAGAGGGAGGAAGGUGCUGAUCAGCACCACAAACACUUCUCCUCAUCAGCAGACGAGGAUCUUAUCAAACACAUUCUAACAGACGGACAGAACUUAUUUCCUCAGCCCGAUGAGAGUGAGAUGGUCGACCUUUCAAGUAUUUUUGGAGACAAGACAGAAGUGAUUCUCCUUCAAAAGCUGAGUGAACCCGAUCCUCUGGAAUCUGUUAGAAGAGAUCCACCAAAAACUGCCUUCACCGCCAACACAGUUGUGACGGACGUUUGCCGACCCAGGCGCUUUCCUCCCUGGUGUGGUCAGGCUGCCCUAUGGGGCAGCUGGGUCGGGAUCGCUCUGAGCAGCUGUGUUUCCAUCUGGGCUGGCCGUGCCUUCAGCGAGAAGGUGUCCAUGAUGUGGUUGAUCUCCUGCUUUGCCAGUUUCUUGUGCUCCUGUCUGCUGUUGGAGCCAAUUAAGGUGGUGUGUGAGGCGCUGUACUUUGCUGUGUGUGUGCGUCGGCUGCGUCCGGAGGACCAGGACAUGCUGGUGGAAGGUUCCCGAGUGGAGCAAGUGGUCCAGCGGAUAACCAGAGUGAGACCACCUCAGGGCUUCGCUCUGUCUCGAGCCCGGCAGCAGGCCCGUAAGGUCCACAUGCUGCACGCCAUGCUGAAGAACUUCCUGGUUUACGUGUUUUUCCUGUUGGUCGUUUUGCUUCUGAACUACUCCGAUUCAGCCAAGGACACACACUGUCUGAGGCUGAGAACUCAGCUGCAGCAGACCCUCCUCACACCAGAGUACCGCACCAUCAGCAGCCGUGACGAUGUUCUGACGUGGAUGAACGGAUCCCUGCUGCCGCUGCUGCUUAACGACUCGUUACUUCUGAGAGACACAGGAAGUGUUCUGCUUGGUUCUGUGAGGAUCCGACAGACUCGCGACAAACAAGGUGAUUUUAGUCCAGGCUCCAACUUUGUUACAACCCAGACUAAAGAUGCAGUUUCUGGUGCCGUCGGUGCAGCUUGGGUGUGGCGUUUGGAUCUGAUGGAGAAUGACAGCAGAGAUGCAGUUCACCUGUUCAACGGGAGCCUGGAGGAGGCCUCUUCCUGUUUAUGGCGGUUACAGCAGUUGCACUGGCUCGACCCCAGGACUCGUAGCGUGGCCGUGGAGUUCUCCCUCUACAACAUCAACACUAACCUGCUGUCAGUCUUCUCCUUUUUGUUCGACUUCCCCGUUUCUGAGCGCGCUCAGUCCAGUCUUGAACUCACCGUCCUCACGCUGUGGCCACUCACAGGCCUGGACCUCCAACUUCUUCUCACGAUGGUUCUGCUCGGCCUGGUGUUGUAUUUCCUGGUCCAAGGGGUCCUGGCUUUUCUCAGAUGGGGCUACAGGUAUUUGCUUUCAGUCUGGACGCUGAUGGGAAUCUGUAAGUUGUCUCUGGCAGUGUGUGUGUGUGGGCUGCACCUGAGCCGCUCCGUCAUGGCCAAGCAGCAGUGGGAAUCGUUCCUGAAACAUCCGCGGGGCGCCUUCACGGACUUCCACCCUCUGUCCAAACUGAGUGAGACGUACACGGUCAUGUCUGCCCUGCUUUUGUUCAUUCUGGUGCUCAAGGCUUCUCAUCAGCUGCGGUUUCUUCGAGAGUGGGCGGUGUUCGGCAGAGCUCUGCGCCGCUCAGCUUGGGAGCUCCUUGUGGCUGCGGCGGCCCUUCUGCUCUUGCUGCUGGCUUACUCACACACAGGACACCUGCUCUUCCACUCUGUGCUGGACGGUUAUGGUAGCGUGGCGUCGGCCUGUCGGUCCCUGCUGGGGGCUGGUGGGAGAGGCCCGUUGUCGUGGCAUCCUGCUGUGAUGAUGACUGGCCCCUCCAGCACCUUUUCCUUGCUGGCGUUCCAUGCCAGCUUCGCCAUGAUUCGAUUGGUGUUCCUGUGGUUGGUCGUCUCCGUGCUGCUGAGGAACUACCGGCGUGCGCGAGCGGAGCUGUACCGACCUGCUGUGGAUCUCCAGGACUACGAGAUGGUGGAGCUGUUCGUCAGACGGCUCAAAAUGUGGAUGGGCCUCAGCAGGACGAAAGAGUUUCGUCAUAAAGUGCGUUUUGAGGGCAUGGAGCUGCCACCGUCGCGCUCGUCCUCCACCAGCGACCGUAAGUCCCUGUGUCUGCCCCAGCUGGACAGCCCAGACUCCCCCCCCACCCCGGACAGCGUGGACGCUGGCUCCGAGGCCUUGUGGCGCCCAGCCUCUUCCAGUCCCUGCAGCCUGACAGAAGCUCCCGGCCUCAGCAUCGGACUGGGCCUCGGGUUGGGCUUCAGCCCGGGAAUGAUGGUGGGGGGGGGCACCUGGAGGGAGUGGGUGGAGACAGAAGCCCCUCUGGGGAAGCUCCUCCCCAUGCUGGAUGCUCUGUUGCAGCAGCUUGACCGUGUCACCAUGGCAACAGAGGAUGUGUACCACAUGGAGUGCAGACUGGAGCGAGCCCAGAGAAAAAUGAGGCAUAAAGGAAGGGACAACAGUCAGGAGGGGAGGGGCAGAGCCAGGCAGAGGGGGGCAGGGGUGGAAAAGGACUUGAAAGAAGAACUUUCUGGAACAGAAAAACACAACAGGAAGGGCAAAAGGGCAGAGAGAACUCUAAAAGAGUUUGGCAGCUCUUCUACAAACGCCAAAACGACUUCUGUAGCCGAACCUGUUCAUUUAAAACCCAGACCUUCCUCUGACCACACCCCUCCCCCUCGGCCAUCAGUUAAACCAGUCACAGACAAGCCCCCCACUGACCCCCCGUCCAUAUCAUCGCCACCUUCAUCCAAAACACCCACCCCAAAUCCCCACGGUCCCACACCCAUCCCUCGAGACUGGGAUCCUCCCACGGAGCGAGAAACCCUCCCGUCCUCGAGCCUGUUCAACCAUCCGGCUCACACCACCACCAUCCCCACCCGCAAGAGGAAACGGAAACCCCCACCCCUCAAAAACAAGGUGCACCCAACGUAGAUGGAAAGGAAGGAUAAAUGGAAGUGAAAGUGUGUCAAAGGAACACGGGGGUGAAAAAGGGAAGAAAAAGUCGGGUUAAGGACGAGAGAACAGGGGCGGCUGGUUUUACCCCCCCGUAGGCUCCUCUCUAAACCCGGGAAUUGGAUCAGACGCAUCCCAGACUCCGCUCUGAGACACGGUGCCAGUCGCUAGGUUCUACCAGAGCUGUUUGAUUCAAACAAAGAACUGUUUUUUAACUCUCCACCCCCCAGGUCAUGUGACCCCGGAGGUCACAUGUUGCUACUGACAGGAGCACAGACACGUGCUCACCAGAAGACCAGAACUGAACCAACACAAUCAGACUUUUGUGUAUCUGUUAGAUUCCCGACUCUUGGGUUGUGUAUUUUGGCGUCACUCACACACACACACACACACACACACACACACACACACACACACACACACACCAAACCUACUCAUGCACAAUAAACGCUGUUGGUAUUCCAGCAAACUGCUACUUCGGGAGGCUGAGAUAUGAAAAAGUGAAGAGAUGGAAGAAAGAGAGAGCAGAGAAAGAGGUGUGGAGGGACAUGAGAUUAAAGGAAACAAAGGAAGUAUGGAUGACCUAAUAUUUACUAGUUCUCUCAUCAUACAGCUAUUCUGAAUCCCAUUCUAAUGAUCUUUUAAGUGUAUUUUUUGUUGUUUUCAAUGUAGAGAAAAAUUUAAAGCACUUUUUUUUCCUGUUGAUUUUUAAAAGGAGGCAUACAUGAAAUAAGCUUUGUAUCCCAAAUCUAAAUGUUUUGUAUUCAACCAAAGCUUUUUGCGUCUCAAAUAAUACGUUCCUGUUCUACUUGCACUUUAUUCUCUAAUGGAGCGGACGUUCAACACCGUAUUUAUCUUGUGUGUCAAGUAACUGCUACGUUUAAGGAAAUGUCUGUUUUGUUUUAUUAUUACCACAGUUUUAGUUUGUUUUUUUUUUUUUUUUGUCGACAUGCACACUUCCUGUGUUCAGUGGGCAGAUCUCAGGGAACCCACCCUUCACUUCAAACCUGGAAAGAAAUUCAGGAAUAGAAAAACAUUUGGUACAAAUUUUAAAUGAAAACAAAUAGGUACUAUUAAAUAUAUAUAUUAUAUAUAUAUUUCUCUUUUCUGUGCAGUUAAAAAAGUAACACCUGAAAUGAUUCUAAACAUUCUAUCCAUUGCUUUUAGAAAUACUUAUUCUUUUCACUUUGUGUAAAUUUCUGUAUAUUUUUGAGCUUUAGGAUGUAUAAAUUCUGCUAUAUGUGAUCUUUGCUCAGUGACACAAAGGUCGAGCACUGGUAUGGCAAGCCUCAAAGUUUUACUUUUCUCCGAUCCAACAGCCAAAGCUUUUCUUACACUUGCUGAAUAAGUAGAAACCACAGGAGGCUCCUUAGAUUUCACUCAUAACCCUGUUAUUGUGCAGCGUCUAACGGCUGAUUCUCCUCUUCGUCUGCUGCUGCUUUUUGUUUUCAAACAGUAUUAAAAGCUUUUUUUUCCUGCUGGUUUAAAAUAAAUCUAUUCUGCAGUUGUAGCACUUCUGCUUUUGCACUUGACAAUGUCGAAUAAAAGCGUUGACAGCUGAACUCUGUACAAUGAAAUGAUUGAUGUCAAGUAAUAAAGGUUUGCUUUUGAACGUU